AUAAAACCAUAAAAGAAGAAGAAGCUGCGCACCAGAAAUAAAGAAGAGGUGAAGAAAACAGUUUGAUAUAAAGAUCUUUAAACACAAAGGUUUGUUUCUCCAAGCCACACUUGAAAAGCAAGUUAUGUGUGACACAAAAUUCAUUAAAGAGGAGAGUGAAGACAUGAGUGUUACAGACACCAGCACAAUGAAAAAUGAAGAUGAUGCAGAACAAAGAGACCUAAUGGAUUUUAAAGAAAAAAAUGUUCUUUUUGGAAAGAGAUUAAGAAGUAAAGAGCAGCUUGUGAAGCACAUAAGAAUCCACACUGAAGAAAAGCCAUUCACCUGCCCUCAGUGUGGAAAGAGUUUCACAAACAAAAUUCAUCUAGAGGACCACAUGAGAAUACACACUGAAGAAAAGCCAUUCACAUGUGUUCAGUGUGGAAAGAGUUUUUCAAGAAAUAGUGUUCUUAAGAUCCACAUGAAAAUUCACACGGGAGAAAAGCCGUAUGCAUGUGUUCAGUGUGGAAAGAGUUUCGCAAGACAAGAUUUUCUUAAGAACCACAUAACAAUUCACACUGGAGAAAAGCCAUUUGCAUGUUUUCAGUGUGGAAAGUGUUUCAUAUACAAAAGUGUUCUCAAGAACCACAUGAGAAUACACACUGGAGAACGUCCAUACAAAUGUGUUCAGUGUGGAAAGAGUUUCACACACGGAAGGAAUCUAGAUGCCCACAUGAGAACUCACACUGGAGAAAAGCCGUAUGCAUGUGUUCAGUGUGGAAAGUGUUUCACCCAAAACGCUACUCUUACGAACCACAUCAGAACUCACACUGAUGAAAAGCCAUUGACAUGUGUUCAGUGUGGAACUAGUUUCAAAUACAAAAGUCAUCUAGAGGACCACAUGAGAAUUCACACUGGAAAGCCGCCGUACGCAUGUGUUGAGUGUGGAAAGAGUUUCAAAUUCAAAAGUCAUCUAGAGGACCACAUGACAAAUCACACUGGAGAAAAGCCAUUUGCAUGUUUUCAGUGUGGAAAGUGUUUCAUAUACAAAAGUGUUCUUAAGAAGCACAUGACAAAUCACACUGGAGAACGUCCAUACAAAUGUGUUCAGUGUGGAAAGAGUUUCACACACGGAAGGAAUCUAGAUGCCCACAUGAGAAUUCACACUGGAGAAAAGCCGUAUGCAUGUGUUCAGUGUGGAAAGUGUUUCACCCAAAAUGCUACUCUUACGAACCACAUGAGAACUCACACUGAUGAAAAGCCAUUCACAUGUGUUCAGUGUGGAAGGAGUUUCAAAUUCAAAAGACAUCUAGAGGACCACAUUAGAAUUCACACUGGAGAAAAGCCGUUUGCAUGUGUUCACUGUGGAAGGAGUUUCACAUUCAAAAGACAUCUAGAGGACCACAUUAGAACUCACACUGGAGAGAGGCCGUACACAUGUGUUCAGUGUGGAAAGAGUUUCACAUACGGAAGGAAUCUAGAUGUCCACAUGAGAACUCACUCUGAUGAAAAGCCGUAUGCAUGUGUUCAGUGUGGAAAGAGUUUCACUCAAAAAAGUAGUCUAAAUGUCCACAUGAGAAUUCACACUGGAGAAAAGCCGUAUGCUUGUGUUCAGUGUGGAAAGAGUUUCACAUACAAAAGUGUUCUUGAGAAACACAUGGGACUUCAUGCUGAAGAGAUCAUAACCAUGGCUCCCGUUGGCGUCACUUUUUUUUGAAAAGGUGGGAACAGAGAUGACAGAAUAAUACUUUAAUAAAUAUGCUUUUUGUGAAAACUCAUUGGGACUUUUUCAUUUCUUUCUUUAUUUAACCAGGUAAGAACUCAUUGAGAUCAAAAUCUCUUUAACAACUGUGACAGUGUUUAGACGGCUGCUACAUAUAACAAAUAUACACAUUUACAGCAAAACACCUUAAACAAUCAGAAUUCACAACAACAAGUUAUUAAGGAACGAAACACAUAAUUUGUUAAAGGUGUCUUGAACUCAUCUUAAUACGGAAGUACAGUCAGCUUUAAGAUGUUUUGUAAAUCAUUCCAAGCAGAAGAGGCAUUGUAUAAAUCCUUUUUUCCCUAACUCAGUUCGAACCCGAGGUAAUGUUAGAUGUAAAAAAUCCUUUGAACGAAGACUGUAAUAUUGAAUUUCCAUCCGAAAAACAAAGAAACAAUUAAGACAGUGUGUUGUGAAUCCGUCUGCCCCUUUAAGUAUAUUGUGUUUUGAGAGGGUUAAACACCCGCACUUUUUCUGCAGUUUUCCGCAGUUUUGUACAAACGCAAUACAGCAGUCGCUCCUCCGUUUCUCUGUCAGCUCUGUAUCUGCGCUCGAUCCGGCUGCUUCCUCUCUCCUCCCACUCAAACAGAUUGGCUGUUCUGCCUUAAGUCCCGCCUCUCUUGAUGUUUUAGAUUGAUCGGUCAGCUCGUGCUGAGGAGGCGGGAACGGUUAUGGUUAUUUACGCCUCCCUAUUCCAGUUACUUUGAAUGAGUGUUUAUGCUUUUGAGGUUUUUAAAUAACCUUGAUUUGUGUUUUGAAGAUGUUUAGUUUAUGUUUUGUUGAUAUGUCGAGUAUUUUCUGAAUUAUAUUUUGUUUUUAGACUAAUGCUAAUUGCCAAUUGGGAUAUUGUUCAAAGCUAGAUAAAUUCGGUUAUUUAUGUGGCAUGUAGGCCUAAUGUAUAAAGUAACUGUGAUGAAGAAGGCAGGGAAUUGACGAGGAGGAGGGACAAAUUGUCCUUGUUAAGCAGUGUAUUUAUGGGUUUAUUGAUUUUGAUAUUUUGAGCAUUGUUUUUUUUGUUUAGCUGAAUACUUAUGUGGAUACUUACCUAUUAUGUUUGACUGUACCUGUUGAACAACUAUGAAAGAAAAGUUAAUAUUUAAAAACAGAUUUAUUUAUACCACCAGAGAAAAAGCUUUGUGUGUGUGUUUUUUUAUAUCUCCCCUUUUCAAGGUGCAAGUAAGCAAACUUUAGCAGUCACAGUCCUGUCAGACCUAUUUCACUAUCAAGCUUUCCACUGUCUUUUCCCCCUGGUAUUAUUAAAGUAUUUCUGAUUCAA